GAGGAAUUAUUUCCCAUGCAAUUAAUGAACAUAAGAGAUAUUUACAACUAUUUUGUUGUUGUUGCAUUUGUUGCUGCUUUGAAGAUGUUGUUAUUGUUGUUAAUAAAGUUGGUGCCUUUGAAAUUUGUUACUGCUAUUUCUGUUAUUGCUUUUACUGCUACUGCUGCAGAGAACGUUUAAUAUAGAGAAGGUUCACGGCGCGAAUAACGUAAAAAUAUUUUUGGCUAACUCGCAGAGAUGGAAGAGUCUCACCACAGACAAAUUAUGAGCGAGUUUCACCACAUUUAACAGCGAUUGAGGGGUUUUUAGAGUGUAUGAGAAAUAACAUGUAAAUGUAAAUAAGAGAGCCAAUGCAGGGCAAUAUACAUAGAUGUGUAUUUACAUAUAUGCAGGUGAUUUUUGGAAGAAGAAAUCGUCAACGGAAUUUUAGUUCUAAAUGAAUUUUGUCGCGGAAAGAUCGCCAAUUCGAUUUUGUACGAUUUUUAAAUAGUUUUAAUUAAAAAAAUGAGCAACAAAAGUUUAAAAAAGUGUCGCGUUCGGGAGUGCAAAUCAGAAUCUCCCGGGAGAUUCUUUUUAUUUCCUAGGAAGCAGGAGGAGUUGUAGAAGUGGGUGGAAAAUUUACGGAUUCCACCAACGCAGGAUAGACCCACCUACAAUGCAUUUGCUUGCAUUAAGCACUUCGAACGAAGUGCAGUAGGUGUGAAGAAAUUGAAGGCAGGAGCUGUGCCCACCCUUAAUCUUGGAUACGAAGAAGCACCUCCACAUUUGUGGUCGGGUCUACUGCCACGGAGAAGGUGCUGCAUUCGCAGUUGUGCUUCCAGAGGGGUAACGAUUAUCGAGUUCCCAAAAAAAGAAGAUGUUCGGCAGAGUUGGGCAAAGGCUUGCAACUUAGUUGUGUCGCCUUCCGAUACCCUUUUUAUUUGCCGAAAUCAUUUUGACUCGCAGUUUGUCACUAAAUACAAACUUUUGCCUGGGGCUUUUCCAUGUUUACGAUUAGAGCCAGCACUAAGUCGUAGCUCAUCUAGUGCUGACUCUAAUUGGGUGUGCCCACCCGUCACUGCGACUUAUGAACGUCCUAAUGUAGAAGUAGGAGUAGAAGAGGACGACAUAACAUUGAAAGAGUUCGAACAAUAUUCCAUAUUAGAGGAAAAAAGAUUAAGAUUAGGACCCCAAAAUAGCGACGUAGGCUCUGCUUUAGACAGUCGCGAACGAUUUGCUCGAUCGGCACGGUAUUAUCAAAGUAACGCGCUUAGAUUAAAUAAAAAGAUCGAAGAGACUUCUAGCCAAGACGCUAUAAUAUUCGCUAGGAUGAUCGUUACCAAGCACAUUGUUUUUAGUGACAAUGAAAGGACAUUGGCACAAAACAUUAAUUAUAUGUCCACCAAAUCAUAUAGUUUCAUGCGUGACGAUUUAGGUUUCGCUUUACCAAGCAAGAGUUCUCUUUUGCGUUGGCGCCCCAUUAGGUAUGUUGUCCCUGGUAUCGAUGCCAAUGUCUUGGGAAAUUUACAAAAAAUUUCCAAAAAAAUGUCCGCUUUAGAACGAAAUUGCGUUUUGUUAUUUGAUGAAAUAUCAAUAAAGUCCGACCUAACUUAUAAUAGAGUUAGGGAUGUUAUUGAUGGGUUUGUGGAUCAUGGGGAAGGCCAACGUGACAUGAUUAUAGGUAGUAAGUGUUGUUUUUUUAUGAUAAAAGGGUUAUGUUCCAAUUGGAAAUAUGUGUUUUCGUACUACAUUUCCAAGACGGGACUUGCUCCGUCUGAAUUUAAAGACAUUUUGAGCAAAAACAUCGCAUCACUAAAGUCAAUAGAUCUCAAUGUAAAGGCUUUAGUCUGCGAUCAAGGGCCCUCAAAUACUUCACUUUUCAAUUUGUUAAAAAUUACUGAAGAAAACCCCUUUUAUAUGCACGAAGGUUUAAAAAUAUUUUGUUUAUAUGACUAUUGCCACCUUUUUAAGUCCGUCCGUAAUACAUUUAUGAAAUAUGAUAUUUCAACUCCAAAUGGAAUAGCCAGCUUCAAGGUUAUAAAAAAACUUUACUCUAUCGAUCAGAGCAAUAUGCACUUCAAAAUAUGCCCAAAACUUACAGAGGCCCAUGUUUAUCCCAGCAUAUUUGAAAAAAUGUCCGUGAAACGUGCAACUCAAGUUCUGAGCAAUUCGGUUGCUGCUGGCAUUGAAAUGGCAUAUAGCCAAAGUCUAUUCGGCUCCGACAAAUAUUUAUUAAAAUGUGCAUAGCCUACGCAGCUAUUUAUUAAAAAAAUGAAUGAUCUUUUCGAUGAUCUAGACUGGAAGAAUUUUGUUUCCAAAAAUCCGCUGAAAUAUACGUUAUUGAAGAAUGACUCCGGGAAGGUCCAACGCCUCUAUGAUUACAUAAACUAUUUUAAAACAAUCAAGCUUCCAGCUUCUAGUCAGGUUAAAUGUAUUAGUGGGUUUUGCUCCACAAUAAGUGGAAUGAUUCAGUUGAGCGAAGAUCUAUUUAGGGAUCAAGAGGAAUUGAGGUUUAUAUUCCUUGGGAAAAUUAAUCAAGAUGCGUUGGAGAAUUUUUUUUAUAGAGUCCGUGCUAGUCAGGGUAUGAAUACCCAUCCCUCAGCCAAUGAGAUUCAAUAUAUUGUAGGUAGAUUAAUUUCGAUGAAAAUUUUACGGCAAAAUUUUCAAGAUAAGGGGGCUAAUUGUGAGGAUGAUGACGACAUAAAUUUAGAUUGGAACCUAGGCCCCGAAGAUCGUCAUCUAGAUGUACAGGGAAACGAACAGGAAUCUGAGCAGCUCGAUCUGGAAUCUUUCACUAUUCCAGACGAAAAUUUUGUUGAAGAGGACGACAAAACUGACGUCCAGAUCAAGCGGUAUUACACUGGCUAUGGUAUUUACCAAAAAAUUCUGUGUAAAAUCCAUUGCGAAGAAUGCACCAAAGCAAUGACGAAGACACAAAGCGAUUUAACGCUUUAUUCGGAGGCCCUAAUCAGAGCUAAGAACUAUAAGGAUGACGGCGACUUAAGGCUAGUCAAUCCUAGUGAUAGGGUCUUCGAAGUGUGUCGACUGCAGAUGAUGUGGUACGUCCAGCUCUUCAACAAAUAUGCUCACUAUUUAAAUGUUCGUAGUCUGAUGUUGUCCGCCAUAAAACAAAAAACGGAAAAUGUUUUUCCUCAAUGGUUUGAUACAACCAAUGCAUGUUUCGCUCAUAAAAUGAAACUAUUAGAGUAUUUAGUGACUGUUCUGCUAUAUAAAAAUUCAAAGUGGUUUGAAAAACAAGAGAUAAAUAGGGAACGACAUCGGAAGCGCGAUGCUAAAUUAAAAAAACUUAAGUAAGUUGCAAGCCAGAAUGCUUGAAUAAGAACAUCUUACUUUCGGGUUUUUCUACUUGCAGUUUUUUUCUCUACUUUCAGUUUUCUUUUAUUAUUAUAUUUUCAGGAUAAUUUUUUUUCUUUUUCUUUUUCAAUAGCAUGCCAACUGAGCCUAGCUUUUUUAAACACAAAUAUUGCACUUAAUCUAGAUGGAUUAAAUUGUGUUUAAAAAAGCAGGUGAAAUUAAAAGACUAAUUUUAACCAAUAAGUCGUGAGAGAAAUUUCCAUUUUAAAUGGACAAUUUUGUAAUUCGGCAUUAUUUAAUUUUUGUAAACAUAUUAUUUCAUUUUAUUAAAAUUGUAAAAUUGUUAAGUUUCCAAUAAAUAAUAGAAAAAAUCAAUAAAAUUAGCAUAUUUCAUCUGAAAAGAAUAAACUGGUCUUUAAUUGGUAGUAAAAAUCAUUUAGGAUUGAAUAAGAUUGAUG